CCACCACCACCACCACAACCACUCACCCACGUCUCUCUCCCUCUCCCCGACAGGUCCGCCCACAACAAUAAUGGUCAACAUGAACGUAAGAUCAAUGGGGCCCUUCUCCGAGAAACAAGAGUCAUACUCUAUGCAACUGUACCUGCGUCAAGUGUGGUUCGACCCUCGCCUUCGGUUCAACAAGACGGACCUCGGCGAGACAGAGUUCUCCAUGAAUUGGAUGUUUGCCGCCAAACUGUGGAAGCCCGACACCUUCUUCAUCAACGGCAAAAACUCCUACGCCCACAAGAUCACGGCGCCCAACACCUUCAUCCGCCUGCAGCACGACGGUCAGAUCACGUGGUCCCUCAGGCUCACCGUCCGCGCCACUUGCAAGAUGCACCUGCGCAAGUUUCCGCUGGACACCCAGCUGUGCCCGCUCAGCCUCGCCUCGUACGGGUACAACUCUCAGGACAUGGUGUACAAGUGGGCGCCCUCCACUGUCACGGUCGACCCAGACGUGAGCAUUGCCCAGUACGAACUCUUCAACAUCUCCACCGGCAAGGACAAGAUCGUGGUGCAGCGGAAAGAAAACAGACGCCCAGAAGAGAUCUCAAUCUUGAGCGUCAAGUUUCACCUCAAGCGCCUGACGGGGUUCUUCCUGCUGCAAGUGUACGUGCCCUGCAUCCUCAUCGUGUGCUGCUCCUGGGUCGCCUUCUGGAUCACCAAGAAGGACGUGCCUGGCAGAGUAUGUCUAGGUAUCACCACCAUCCUAACUCUAACCAAGAUGGGAUUUGUUGAUCGCACGUCAUUGCCCAAACUCGCAUACCCGGUGAGCAUGGACUACUUCGUGAUCCUCUGUUUCACAUACGCCUUCGCCGCCCUCUUGGAGUUCGCCAUGAUAAACUACCUGGAGCGGAGGGCCACGAGGCACCAGCGGCAGAUGGUGCGGGCCAAGAAAGGCUUAGAGGACCGUGCUAAAGCCGGGAGUGCUGAUGACGAAUUGACACUGGCGGCAGAGAAGGAUGCCACGAUGAUGGUGACGACGACGGUGCGGGAGGACGGCGCCAUGGACAUCGGCGCCUCGCUCAGAGACACCCUGCGCGUGCCGCUCUCCGUCGUGCCCUUGAGCGUUCGACCCAUCGAGGAAGACGAGGCGGCAGAGGCGGGAACGCCGGACACCGAGACCACGCUGAAGGAGGCGCUGAAGCUACCCCUGGCGCUGGUGCCCGAGACCCUCACCGCCAUGAGGGAGAGGGAGGAGGAGCUGGCGGCCAAGAAGGAGGAACAGGCCACCAGGAAGGAGGAGGCGAGCAAGAAGGAGGAGGUGGUGAGGUUAAGGAGCGCCGCUGCGUCCCCGGUGCGGCAGGAGGGCGAGGAGGACAGUGGCAGUGGCGGGAUGGACGCCAGUGUGGUGAGCGGGGAGAUAGACCCAAUGUUGGGCAGUGUCAGGGCGGGGCUUCCCCUCUCUGGGAGCGACAGUGGCAGUGUCACCAGCAAAGGCAGUCUCUUUAAGUUUAAGAAAGAUUCCAAAUUGAGGAAAGACAAGUCGCAGGACAGUGAGAGUGACUUGACAGUGAUCAAAGUGGAGAUACAGUCGGAGGACGAGGACACCGCCGCCCUGCCGCCGCCUCCGCCACCUUACACCAUCUGGCAAAUUCUUAUGCGCAAGAAAAAACUCAUAUCCGAAAUGUCACUCACCAACAACAUCCCCACGGAGGAAGACAUCCUGGAGCGCUUCUCCAUCAUUGACCUGUACGCGCGCCGCCUCUUCCCCACCUCCUUCUUCAUCCUGUUCACCAUCUACUGGGUGCUCUUCAACUACUAUAUCACGGACGAGUUCCCGCACGAGGAUGUGCCCACCGAGAGCCUCGAUAAGGGCAGCAACUAACCGUGCGUCGUGAGGGCGUGACGACCCUCGCGACAGUUGCCAAUGAGGCGUGUAGGCGUGGCUUCCCCCCUCGGUCAUGUUCGCUUACCAGGGAAGACGUCCCGCCCGGCGCUGGCAGACCGGCGGGGCUUGGCGGCCCCCGGGCUGCGGCGCGAGGGCGGAGUGAACAGCGCGGGUGAGUGCAGACCUUGCGUCGGGAACCAAAUGGUCCACAAGAUACAAUGUAAUGGCGUUUCCUUGGGCACAGUGACCUGGAGAAGUGACGCCAGCCAUCCAGUCACAGCAGGGAUCCUGUUUCACAUUCACCAUCUGCCUGUGGUCACUCACUCUCGUCCCUCUCACCUUCCUUCCCUCUAGCUGCUGCACUCACCGUCGACAACACCAUAGUUACUCACUAUACUUCAGACGUAGCUAUAACAGUAUAUAAUCCACAUAUAUAUGUAACCAGUGGUAUAUACUCGUAUACAUAUAUACAUACAUACAUACAUAAAUGUGACGACCCAAGACAUCCAUCAUCCGUCAGCAAACAUUCACUCCCACAACACUCCCAUGUUAGACGCGUAGGAGAAUAGAUCACAUGCCAUCAUCCUCAUCAUUGCUGCACAAGUAUAUUGCAAGCUGAGUUUUGCAAUAUAAGUUAUUCCAUUCAGAAAAGGAAACAACGGAAUUCUGUGUACAGAAUGCGACACCGAGGACCAAACCUUCGCUCACCCGUCAAGGACAAAAUCUUCAACAUCACAACAGUCUCGGAUCAGAUCACUCACCUAUGGGCUUUCCUGAACCGGUGGCGGGCUUUUCAAAGCUGCCGACACACACUCACCUCCCGCGUCGGGGACCAGCGGCGCGGCGGCGACCGGCCCGACGGAGCCUGAGCAGGUGGCUCCUCCUCGCGGCGGCUGUUGGCUUUGCUGCAUUGCGACCACUGGUUCAUGGGUUCAGGGGGCGGCACACUAAGCUUUCUUAACGUAUUCAGGAAGGUCUCGGUUUGUUAGAUGUGGGUUUUGAUAAUUUCUGUAAACACCUCACAGGAUUAAAGAAACCACUUCACGAUCAUCCGAAAACCAAUAAUAUAUAUAUAUAUAUAUAUAUAUAUAUAUAUAUAUAUAUAUAUAUAUAUAUAUAUAUAUAUAUAUAUAUAUAUAUAUAUAUAUAUAUAUAUAUAUUAUUAGCAUGACAAGUGUCCACUUCUGAGCCUCCCCAGUCUCUUCCUCUUCCGCGAGUCACGGCACCGCGCCAGUACUCUGCCAGUCCUUCCUUCAAACUCUAGAGUCUCACGUCUCCCUCCCACCUGGUCUCCUCCUCACCGCCUCUCACUUCCGGGACACAGUCAGUCAGACUAGCGCCCCGCUGCUCGCUGCUCCUGCAGUCACGUGUCCUGCCCACCUCCAUGCUUGCUCAUUUCCUGGUGGGGCGCCGUGGAGGCCGUCACCGCGGUGGCGGCGGGCCUGGUGGUGGUGGUGGGCGCGGCCCCGCGGCCCUGCCCUCCGCGCUGCCUCGCCGUCGGUUCCCUUCAUCUCCAUCUGAAUUAUGAAGAAAUUAAAACCAGAAGCUGAACAUAGUAUACAUACGUGUAAAUAAAUAACAUUUAUGUUAAGAAUCAUUGUCUCAUAGAAAACGGAGCCUUCUAUAUGAGUAUUUUAUGUGUAAGAAACUUGUUAACAAGUAUGAUGACUCGUAGCCAUUAAGCCAUUAAGUCACGCCGACACCUCAUCUUGUCAUGUCUUUCGGGGUUAGGAGCGAAACUGACCGAUCACGUUAGGAUGCGAACCCUGUGCCGAGACUGAGCCCCUCGUUACAGGGUUCAAGGCCACAAACCCAAACACUUGAUGCAUUUUUUACCAAACCUUCAGGGGGGAGGGGAAGUGUUUUAUAACAUUUUGUUCUUAUCCCUGAUCACCCCGUCUUGUUUUUUGUCUUUGUUUCGGUCUCUAAAAAUGUCUAGUUGGGAUUUUUUUCUCCGUUUCUUCGCGAAAAAGCCGUAACGUAAGAUACAAUGGGUCACCAGCAAACUGUUUUCCAUUCGUCAGUAAGCGUAAGCAGGCGUAUGGGAGUAAUCCCUGAAGUUCUUCAGGGCCGAGGAGAGAUGAGCCCCUCCACCAGGACUCGGUCUUCUGGCAGCGCACAGAGCUUUCUACCCAAGCGUCACGCGAUAGGAAACACAGUAUGUGGGAAUGCAAAGUGGUAUUCCCUCCACCCUCCUCUGAAUAUAUAUUGGAAUUUAUAUACCGUUACUGAAAAAAAAAAAAAAAACGUUGAAAUCUUACCUAUCUUACCACGUUCACUCGUCCGACAGAUCACUCAGUAUUCAAUUGAUCAGAAUUGUUACAACAGCCAUGCUUCUCUCAUUAACAUCUCAAAACAAUAACAGUUGGUUUUAACGUAUAUUUGUCCAAUCCUUCAAUGAUCUGCCUGUGAAAAACGACUCUUGUGUCCUGAUGGAAGGUUUCACUGGUGUCAGUCACGCUGGUGGUGGGCUCUCACGCCACGCCAGCCUCCUCAGGAUCCUGGAACACGGGGAGAAUCUCACGGCGAAGCUCAAUAACAGUCUGUCUCUCUGUCUAUCUGUCUCUCUCUUUUGCUUCAUCUGGUUUUCUAUAUGAGUUGGUUCCUAGUUUCUGGAGAUGAUUAGUAUAAGAGAAACUUUAAGACUUUCAAAUGACAAAAGUUUCCUCUUGUUUCUCGUUGUUAUAAUUAUAGAACAUUGUUGUGUUUCGUUUGUUUGUUCGUUUGUUUGUUUGUUUGUUUGUUUGUUUGUUUGUUUGUUUAGUUGUUUGAGCAGCACAUCCCUGCAUCCACGUCAGUCACCAAGUUAUUAAUGCAUUACCAUUCGUACAGUGCAUACCGUUACCCUCAUUUUCAGUUGGUCACCUGGUCACAGACCAAACUUUUCCAUUAAUUCUAGUGUAGAUCUCAUAAUAGUUUUCUAUCAUUUGUACUUGAAAAAUCUGUAGAAACAUCUCAAUUCUGUUGCUCAAUUAUCCAUCACCUGCUUGCUCUCCUCGUCCUCAUCUUCUUGUCCUUCUUCCUCACGCCACACACACACACACACACACACACACACACACACACACCACCUAUUCACUUCAAAGUUCCUCUGUUCAGUCCGAAUGGUUCUGAAGAAAGGUCCUGCAAUUUAAUCCCCCAAGUUGACACACACUCUUUUCAAAUAACCUCCAACAAUUUACUGUAAUGUUCGUAAUUCUUACUUAUGUAUCCGUAUCUUGAUUGGUUCAUUUACUUUACUUUCUUACCCCUUUUUUGAGUAGUGUUCAUCACCUUCACACCACCACCACCACCACCACCACACCGGCACUCGGGCACUGGGAGACCCCCCACCUCCCUCCAACCUGUUCCCAAAGACUCACUAAGUAAAUCUACCGAAAUAGAUGUGUUUUAUUUUCCAUUGGUUUGCUGCAUGAUUUAUUUAGUGUGUCUGUCUGUCUGUCUGUCUGUCUGUCUUUGACCUCUGGACAGUCAGAUGGACUCGUUUUUCAUCUAUAUUUGCACGAUAUUUUUUUUUUUUCUUUCUUUCCUCGACUUUCUUUUCUUUUCUUUUUUUCUUUUUUUUUUUCACUUGAAUCAGUCAGUCACUCAGUAAGUCAGUUCCCAUUUUGCAGUAAGAUCCAUUUUACAUUUAGAUCUGCACAUUAUUUUCUCUCUUUUUCACUUUUAUAAUCAGUCAGUCUUAUAAUCAAUCAGUCAGUGAGUCAGGCAGUUCGCCCAUCCAUCGUUGCGUUGCGUCACUUCAGUGUUCAGAGCUGCAUGCGUUUGUUUUUCAUGCGUCACUGAGUUUCCAGCGUGGGGUGCUCGUGCCAGACGCUAGAAACCGCCCCCAGCCUUCAGUGUGGGAGGCAUGGAAGAGGGAGUGUCUAGACGGACCUGUGCUCCCUUACCUGUGGGAGUGGUAGGGUGGGGGGGAGUCAUUCUUAUAAACGAGAGAACGAAGUUUUUAUGUGAUGGGACUUUUUACUUGUUUGUUAUAUGUGUUUCCUACGAGAGCGCGCGCACACACACACACACACACACACACACACACACAUUCUGAAUAAUCCUUUGACAAGUUAUAAAUAUCCAUGCGCGAGUCAUUCUAUGGAUUUACUAAACGCAGGGCUGUAUUUAUAUCCAUUCUAGUUCACGAGCAACAGAAAAUUUAAUGCAACGUGACUUCAGGAACUAAAAUAAACACGGAGGGAAGAGGUGUGUGUGUGUGUGUGUGUGUGUGUGUGUGUGUGUAAGGGCUUCAUCGAAAUAUCAACCAUAGACUUAGAAUAUACAGUUAAUAACAAAUUACAAUUACAAAUCCAAUUAAUGGUUUUAACUAUAGGGCGGAAACUACAAUCUGGUUAUUAUAAUUUGAACAACAAAUAAAUGGUUACAUGCAGAACUAUUUUACACACUGCCUGGCAUCGUGCUGUGCUGAUAACGCUCUGUGUGUGUGUGUGUGUGUGUGUGUGUGUGAAGGGUUUGGCACGUCACAAAGUCCACUAAAAAGUUUAUCUCCACUUCCCAUUACUUUAGUAUUGACACUUUACACACACACACACACACACACACACACACACACACACACACACACACACACGUAUUCCUUAUCAAUACAAACAAACAAACGAUAACAUACCUUCAGCAAUAUAUAUAUAUAUAUAUAUAUAUAUAUAUAUAUAUAUAUAUAUAUAUAUAUAUAUAUAUAUAUAUAUAUAUAUAUAUAUAUAUAUAUAUAUAUAUAAGAUGUAUAUAGAAGAGAACAAUAAUGAUAUCAUUCAUUCCGGCACCUUUUGAAAUUAACCAUUGAUUUAUUCGUAUCAUUUGAUCUUGGUGUACAUAACUAUGAGCAUUCACAAGUUCGUAUAUCCGGGUACAGUGAGAACGGCGCCUGCCUCACCCCUCCCUCCCUCUCCUGCCUUACCCCUGCCCCUCCUUCCUCCUGCCUCACUCCUCCCUUGCUCCUCCCUUGUCUCUCCUGCCUCAGCAUCCCCUCUCCAACCUCCUUCCCCUUUCUUUUACCCAUCCUCCUCUUCCUUUCCUCCCUCCCUUCACUUGUCCCUCUCACAGCCCCGUGGGAAAGGUUGUCACACUGAAGGAAUCUUUGAAGUGUUAGAUGUGUCAAACCACCUCCCGCCCCGCCCCGUGUCGCGCCGCACGCCCCAAGCCGCGGCUACGCGUGGAGCGCCGCACGCUGCCGGCCAAGCUUAGCGUGGCGAAGUGUUUAUAUCAAAAGUUUGCUCAUUAACGUUCAUCCGCUGCUGCGACCUUCGCUGAGCGCGGCACCACUCCACUCUUUUCCGCCGACACUUGGCACGCCGCAAGCCAGGAGACGCCGCUGUGAUGAGUGAGGCAGGCGAGGCGAGGUUGUCACCGUCCCGCCGAGACUGUCGAGGGUCGGUGGUCUUCGCACUGGAUCUCUGUCCGUAGCGGUGCGCCGCGCCUCCGCCCGCCUCGCUGCGCCACCUCGGUCUGCGCGGCCGCCUUUUCCCGCGGCGUUCAGAUACGUAAUAAUCGUUGGUUUAUACAUUUCUUAAGUGUGGAGCACUUGAAUAGUUUCAGGUACUUAUAUCAAAAGUAUUUUUGGAUGUUGAACGCGUUGGUAAUUUAUUUAGCGUUCAAACAAAUACUUACAUUCAAGUAUCUUUUUAGUGUUCAAUGCUUCGUUCAUUCUUGCAUUAAGCGUUCAAGCGAUCGACGAUGUUCCUGAUAUUUGACCACCCAUAACACUUUUAUUAAUAGAAUAGUGUCAAUAUAAUAUUUUCCCGAGUGUUUUAGAUCGUGGGCGCCCCCUGGCCCAGCAGGGCGGGGGCGCCCCUCGCUGCCUUCAGUGUGACGCCUCGCCCCUCGGCGGGCGGGGGCGGGACGGAGGUCGGUGCCAGGGGAAUGUCGAGACGCGGCUGUACAUAGUGUACAUACGGGGCGACACACACUGUAUUAGUAGCACCAUGUAUAAAACAUAUAUAUUUGUAUGUAUUAACUGCACAUAGUAGAACACAUGUAUGCUCACUAUGUAUUUUCAAUGGGAGAAGGAAAAUUUCUGGGUAAUAAAUAAUAUGUACUAUAUUCAGGUGUCAUCCCACAUCCAGGUUACGUAGUUGUUAUCAAUAUUGUCCAGAGGAGACACGUGUGAUUGGUUUCCGUGUUGUUGCUCUUUGUUACUGUGGAAUGCCGGCCGCCCGGACCCAGCGAGUGGCUCCGCGGCGGGCUGGGCCACGCUCCACGGCGCGCAUAACCUGGCGCCUGUCUGUUCCCGCCACGAGGACCGAGCUGCCUCCGAUCCAGCGAGUCACAGGGAGUUACCGAAGGGCCGAACUGCCUCUUGUUGGCUAGCUACAGCGAAUUGCUGAGGGACCGAGUUGUUUCUUCCACGAACAAUCAAUUUAGCAGCGUGGCGAUGGUCGGCCUGGCCACACAGAGCUGUUGUUAAGGGUCCAACACGAGGAGCUGUUGUUGAGGGGUCGCCUCUCUCCUGCGGCACACUGGCGAGUGAAUGCCGCUACCUGGCUGCUGCUGCUGCUGCUGCUGCUGCUGUGAGGGACGAAUGCCCACUGGGGAGCAGAACAUCUUCCUAACACCAAAUCAUAUAUAUAUCUGUUUGUUUACGUUUCCACAAGAAUCAUCAUCGUCCUGCUGUUGAGUGGUGGGAGAGGGCGAGCUCGAGUCUCGCGACCAAGCCACGAUAACCUGCAACGCUUAAAGCAAGCUAUGUUGUACGCUCACUUAUGUAUCAGUUGUGAACAAUAGAAGUUAACUUUUU